AUGAAAGAUAUUCUUUCUGACACUUUUAAUUAUAUAAAUGAAAUUAAAAUGUGUGAUACCAUUUUAAUGAAUUUUUUUCAAAGUAGCCUUUGGAAAAAUAAAAUUGAAGAACAUGAUAAAAAUCAAAUAGUUUUACCAAUAUUUCUGUUUUUUGAUGAUUAUGAGGUAGGGAAUCCUCUUGGUAGUCACUCUGGUAUACAUAAAUUAGGUGCUGUAUAUUUAACUGUGCCUUGUAUACCUAUUCAUCGUCAAGCUUCACUAAAUAACAUAUUUUUAACUUUAUUGUUCCAUUCUUCUGACAGACAAAAAUUUGGAAAUAAUAUUAUAUUUAGACCACUUAUUGAUGAAUUAAACUACCUAAAAGAAACUGGUAUUGAGAUUAAUACUGCUAAGUUUGAGGGGAAUAUUAAGUUUGAAUUGGGUCUCAUUGUAGGGGACAAUAUUGGAGUUCAUAGCAUAACUGGUUUUGUAGAAAGUUUUUCAUCUAAUUAUCCUUGUAGAAUGUGUAAAAUUAAAAAGGAAGAUAUGAGAAAGCAAUGCUAUGUUGAUAUGACCCUACAAAGAAGUUGGGAACAAUAUACCUCAGAUGUAAGUGAAGGUGAUGUUACUAGAAUUGGUAUAAAAGAGGCUUGUGUUUGGCAUGAUGUAAAAAGUUUUAAAGUAUUAUAUCAAGUAGGGGUAGACAUAAUGCAUGAUCUAUUAGAAGGGGUUUGUAAAUAUGAUAUGUCCUUUUUAAUAUUCUAUUAUGAUAAUGAUUUAAAACUAUUCUUGGAAGUGAUCAAUGAUCGAAUGGUUAAUUUUGAUUAUGGGCCAGAUAAAGGCAGCAAGCCUUCUGUAUCAAAUAUAGAAAAUAUACGUAAGCACGGGAUUCGUCAAUCUGCAUCAGAAAUGACGACAUUAGUUCGUUAUUUUGGUUUACUCAUUGGAGAUUUUAUUCCAAGAAAUGAUCCAGUAUGGUACCUUUAUAUCCUUUUGAGACAAAUUCUUGACUUAAUAACCUCUUUGUCACUUCAAAAAGGGAGUUGUGAAUUUCUACAAUCUCUUGUUGCUGAACACCAUAAUCUAUAUCUAAAAUAUAGUAAUCUAUGUCUUAAGCCAAAAUACCAUUUAAUGUUGCAUUAUCAUACAUUAUUGAAAAAGUUUGAGCCCCUUGUAUUUUUAUGGUCAAUUCGAUUUGAAGCAAAACAUCGAAUAUCAAAAAUAUCUGCCAACACUUCAAGCAACAGGUGUAACAUAUGUAAAACACUUGCAAUUAAGCAUCAGUUGCAAUUAAAUGAUAUGUUCCUUAAAGGCACUUCAAGUAAUGCAAUUUAA